AUGUCAAAGACUAACAUUCCAAUCGCUGCAAUCCUUUUACUUAGUUUUAUGGUUAUUACUUCGGUUGCUCGUCUGGACUCAGCCCUCCAAAGAAAGCUUACGGAGAUGGAAACAAAAUGUGAAACAGAGGAUUGUUUGGUGAAAUCGACAUCAGAUGCUCAUCUUGACUACAUCUAUACACAAUCACCUCCUCCAAAACUGCAUGAGGUUAAAGUAGAUAUGAAAAAAAAAUGUAAAACGGAAGAAUGUUUGAUGAAAAUGAAGUUGGAUGCUCACAUCGAUUACAUCUACACACAGAAGUCUUUUCCGCCGUCGCAUUUUAAGGAAGCACUCAUGAAGCUGCUGAAAUGUUUGAAAGACUGA